UCUCUCUCGCGCGCGCGCCGUGAUUUCUGCAAAGCCGCCGCACCCGAACUCCGCCGUUUCUUUCUCUCUGACUUUUCAAAAGGAAGAGGAGGGGAAGUAAGAGAAGCGUCCGGCGAAAAGGGAUGGAGAUCGCUCGCUGAUAACGGAGGAAGUCUGGCAGAGAAAGAGAGAGAGAAAGAAAGAGAGAGAGAGAGAGAGAGAGAGAGAGAGCGACAGAUUUUUUUUAACAGAAAGUUGUGGCGCGGUGCUCGCCACACUGACCGGACACGGACUUGCUUACUUACUUACCUCGCCGCUUUCCACCGUUUCAGGCAAAAGUAUCACAAACGUCAGGGAACUGGAGUGAGCGCGACCCUGGUUUGGAUAAAUUCCCGCAAAGUCCCAUUCUUCACCCGGAGCUCGCAUAUCAAGUGGUACUAAUUUAGUUGUAAAAUGUUCGCUGUCCCCCGGGCCGUCCCGCAAUAACGCUCCAGUCGCUUCCGGUAUCAUCCGAAGAAACCGAGCCGUUCGCGCUCCCUCUCCUACACUUUUCUUUUUUUUUUUUUUUAAGAAACUUUUUGUCUGAAGGAGGAAAAUGGGUCUUUGAGGCUGUUGGCACUAUUCCCCGCUCCACAAUGGCUACCGAAACGUUUCUGGUGAAUGAAGACCCAUCCAGAGGUCCUGGAAUGCCGGAAUGCUUUGUUGUGUCUGAUUCCUACCGGGAUGAGUUCCAUCCGUUUAUCGAGGCACUGCUGCCGCAUGUGCGUGCCUUCUCCUACACCUGGUUCAACCUGCAGGCGCGCAAGCGCAAGUACUUCAAGAAGCACGAGAAGCGCAUGUCAAAGGAUGAGGAGAGGGCAGUGAAGGAUGAGCUGUUGGGCGAGAAACCCGAAAUCAAGCAGAAGUGGGCGUCGCGUCUGCUGGCCAAGCUACGGAAGGACAUCCGGCCCGAGUUCCGUGAGGACUUUGUGCUCACUGUAACGGGCAAGAAGCCCCCGUGCUGCGUCCUCUCCAACCCCGACCAGAAGGGCAAAAUUCGCCGCAUCGACUGCCUCCGUCAGGCCGAUAAGGUGUGGAGGCUCGACCUGGUCAUGGUCAUCCUGUUUAAGGGCAGCCCGCUGGAGAGCACGGACGGUGAGAGACUCGUCAAAUCGCCCCAGUGCACCAACCAUGGCCUGUGUGUCCAACCACAUCACAUCGGAGUCUCCGUUAAAGAGCUCGACCUCUACCUGGCCUACUUCGUCCACUCGCCAGAAUCUGGACAAUCAGAGAACUCCAACCAGCAAGGAGAAGCAGACGUCAAGCCGCCACCCAAUGGGCACUUGAGUUUCCAGGACUGCUUUGUGACUUCAGGAGUGUGGAACGUGGCCGAGCUGGUCCGCGUGUCUCAGACUCCAGUUGCCACGGCUACCGGUCCUAACUUUUCCCUGGCCGACCUGGACAGUCCUGGAUAUUACAACAUCAACCUGGGUCGCCGGUCCAUCACGUCCACCCCAUCGACCAGGACUGAAAUGGAGCUGUAUGGCAGUCUCCCUCGGAGCUCAAACAAGCGUAAGUCCAUUGAUGACAGUGAAAUGGAGAGCCCAGUGGAUGAUGUGUUCUACUCGGGCCGGUCCCCUGCACCCGGCGGCUCACAGCCUAGUGGCUGGCCUAACGAUGUGGAUGCAGUGCAGCACCAUUUGGCCAGUAUGCAGGAGAGGAAGAUUAAACAUGAGAGCGAUGGCGUGCAGUUUCCUUACCAUGGACUCUCGUCGCCUGGUUCUCUUAAGAAGCCGGGGAAAUUCGAUUUCAGCGCUCUGUCCGGCCAGACGAGGUCUGCCCGCAUGCCGUUUACCCACCACCCACUGCCCAUGCUGGCAGGAGUGAGACCAGGGAGCCCUCGUGCCUCAGCCUCAUCUCUGCACUUUCCCUCUCCUUCCAUCAUCCAGCAGUCGAGCCCUUACUUCACUCACCCCACCAUCCGCUACCACCACCACCCGGGGCAGGACCCACUCAAAGAGUUUGUGCAGUUUGUGUGUGCUGAUGGACCAGGCCAAGCUGGAGGUCAGCAUACUCCACGCCAGGCUCCACAACUCCCAACAGGUUUGUCAGCAUCGGAUCACGGGACAACAACUUUCUAAAUAUCCCCCAGCAGACACAAUCUUGGUUCCUCUGACAAAACCUGCCUGCCAACAAGCAAUUAAAAUCCUGUCACCACAAUCUGGAAUCUUGAAUCAGGAAACAAACAAACAAACAAAAACAUCCCACCUUAAAUUGCCCUCUGACCCUGUUGGCCCAAAAGAACAACAAAGAAAACCAGCAAAUCUUCUUAUCAUUUGGAAUCUUCUGAUCCUGUCAACCUACGGCAAUGACCCCCUUCCCCUUUUUUUAAUAAGAAGAUCACGUGACAUUUUGAAAGGAGGACAUGGAGUCUCUCAGAAACCACAGAAAUGACAUCAACAUAAAGCAGAAACACAAAAGAACAACCCGAAGAGGGAAAAAAAAAAAGAGAAUCUGUUACUUAUAUUGUGCAAUGGCUGGGGACAUCAACGAUGGUGAGGUUUUAAUUUAAAGGGAAAAAAAAAGAAAAGCAUAGUUUUAGAAACUAUUGGGACAUCAAAUAAUCGAGAUGUUAAGCAUCCUGUCAUCUAGCAUGGAGUUGAAGCUGAAGCCAACUAAUCGUCCCUUCUGACACCGUUUGUAGUUCAGUGUAGAGAUUGGUCUCGAUGUGUCCGUUGUUAUGACAGCCAGCUUAGCAACAAUUCCUAAAAAAAGAACACAAUCAAGCGAAACAAAACCUAAAGUAUUGCACUAGAAAAAGGAAAGUACGGAAAAUAAAACACUACUCUCGUGUCCGCUAUUGAAAAUAGGAUAGACAGAGAAAAAAAAAAAAAAAAGUUUGCACACAAUUUUUUUUGAGGUAAACGUAUAAGUGAUCAUCACACACUAAAGUUAAUAUUGGAUGUAAGUCAACAGUCGUAGAAGACUGAUGUACUGAUGUAGGAAAGCACGCUACGAUUCAGACAAAAAACUACCUAUGAAUUCUGUCCAAUCAAAAAGAAUCAAAUUCAGGCCUUAAACUCGCCCUUAGUGCCGAUUGAACACAGACUGUAAUCCCUUUGGGUAAUGCCAUCCCUCACACACACACACACACACACACUUUCACUGUCAUGUCUCUGAGCUACUGCUAGGAAAUUCAAAAAAGGGAGUUUGAAACUCAUGCGUUACAUUCCAAAUCAGAAACCAUUACAAUGUUUUACUGCCUUUAGUCACAUUCUAGAAUAACUGUUUUAUAUUACACUUUAUUAUGUUGUUACAGUUGGUGUAUUAAGGGUUGCGUUGGGUUCCAACAAAAGAAUCCUAAAAAUGCCAGAGGUAACAAUGACCGAGAGACCAAAGGAGCUAAAUUGGCCGUACUCUCCGGGCGGUAGAGAUGGUGUUACUCUCUCCAACGUCCGAGUGACACUAACCGGAUCUUUAAGAUCCUGUAUGCAGAAAAAAUCUAUUAGCACUUUCCUCCAAGUGUGUUCAGCUGCCCUGAUGCAUAACAUGAGCAGCAUUUUACGACAGGGAUGAUGACAUUAUGUGUCUGAGAAGAAGCAUGUGACAUGAAGUCUUUGGCAACUGCUCUUGACUGACCUGAUUAAUGGAUAGGGAUUGGCAUACGACCGAUUCUCUUAAAAAAGCAACAUUCCACACGUCCUGACCAUUAAAAUUUCAUUUCCAUACAGCAUUUAUGUCUGGAACCAGCGGUCACAAUAUCUAGAUUCACUCAUAUAUCAUUUUUAACAAUAACUGUAAAAAAAAAAAAAAUGCUUUGUUUUUUAAUCCAGUGACAAUAUCAUGCCCUAAAAAUCUCAUUUGUGACCAGAGACAUGUACUAAACCUAGACACUCUAUCCAUGGGUGAAGCAUCAGAGGCUUUAGCCGUAUUGAACACCUGGUUCCUAUAAUGGUGCCAUUGUGAGCAGUUAUGAUUUGGUAAUUAUGCACAAUUACAUGUUUCUCAAGAAUGUGAAGAAAACCACUGGAAAGUCUUAGUGGACAUCCAGUUUAUGUUUAUGAUGGUAGAGAUGCCCCAUCCUGUACUGUUUACUCUCCCAGGCGGCUGUGUUCCAAGAACACGAGGCCGCACUGUGGAGCAAAAGAGUGUUUGUAGUUGUGUUUGAGAGGAGCGGGGUAUGCAACGGCCUUUUAAAUCAGACAUUACUUCAUCCACUACGUUCGCAUUAAUUAAAGGCGGGAAGCUCAGAGCAUGGCUUCAGACUCACAUACAUACACACACAUCACGCUAAACUGCACACAACACGUUCCACCGAAUGAUCUAAAAGGGAAGCCUUGGUUUAACAUAGGGCAAUCCUAAUCUGCCUUUCUAUAGUCAUGCUGAAAUUCUCAUAAAUCAGCUUGUUUUAAACAUCGAUUUUAAUUUUUAGCCUCAUUAUUCAAAUCACCGAGCUCACAAAAUAACUGGACUGCCUGAUUCUGUGUCUCACUGCAGGGAAGCGUGGCAGCCAAAAGGCGGCCAUGUCAUCAGCGUAGUAGAGGACUAGCAUUGCUAAAUGAGAAUUAAUGACGGCGAUGGACUUUUCUUUUCUAAUCAAUGGAAGUGCCUCUGUAUUCCCAUUAUGCAAUUUGUUAAACAUGAAUUCAGGUUAUUUUCUCACAUAUAAGCUAUAGAGGAAGAAAUUUUUAUGUCUGGAGCAAAACAAGUGGCAAGUGACAGCUCACUAAUUACAGACAUCUUUAUAUAUACAGGAGAUAUCCAUAUAUAUUUAUAUAAACAUUUUUUUUUGUUUGUGUAAUAAGCUCAGUGGCAGUCUAGUUAUUUUCUGAAGUAUGGCAGCAUUACGAUUAUUAAACAAGUUAUUUUUCAGUAGUACCAGUACUCCAAACCCGGUUGUACACUCAACAAAGGAAAAGCCCAAUAAGCGAAGUCCCUUGAAAAUUAAGUACAAAAAAAACAAACAAAAAAAAAAGGAAUAUGUAUUUCUAUAGUAAACCGUAUCAGUAGUGUUGAGGAGAAAGAUGUGGCUUUUGAGUUCUUUUGUGUUUGGAUGGGAAGUAUUUGUAAUUGAAAAAUAAUGUAUGUUGAUUGAGCCAUGUGCAAUGCCUUGGGUAGAGAAAUGUGUUCGUCUGUUAGAUUGUUAGAGGGUGUGAUAGAAAAGGAGGGAAAAUACCCUUCUGUUAUUGUUUCAAGUCCAAGAGGUCCGGGACUCUAAACUACAGGGCGGAGAGAAAAAAAAGUCUUUGUAAGUUUUGGGAGUUUUUUAAUCUUUCUUUCUUUUUUUUAAUAGCCUUUUUUCCUUUUUUUAAAUGUUUAUUUGUAAUGAUUUGUUCUCAAAACUUGGGAGGGCUGAAGAAACAGUUUUGCAACACAUCAAAAAAUAUAUAUAUCACUAAAUGAAACUGGUGCUUUUUAUGGAAUACAGUACAUUCAAACUCUAUUAUACAUAAAUUUAAAAAAACAAGUAAGUGUUAUCAUAACGCAAAAUUUUUAGGAAAAAACAUGCAUACUCUAUUUCUUGUUUAGAAUUUAGUAAAGGGGGAGGGGUUCAUUUUAGUCGAUUAGGCUUGUUUAUUCCCCCAACAGAGGGUUUAGUCAUGGAGGGUGGAUAAAAUCCAAUUAACAAAUACAUGCAAAGUCCUGAGAUCUAAAAAAUCUAAGAAGGAAUUAUUGUUUACAAUGUAACUUUUAAGACACGUCGCCAAUUCCGUUCGAGACGUUAUCCCACGAGCGUUGCUGGCUUUUGUACAAUAGAGAUUUAAAACAAAUCCAAACUCAAUGAUGAGAUCUUCCCUUUUAAUCAACUCGAUUGCCCUUGAAUUUUUUACUGCAGCAAAAGCGAGACCUUUUCAUUAACAGCUGCUGUUUAUUAUUAGACUCCCAUUUUAUCAGAGAUACUUCUGUAAGCCAAUCUGAACGUUAUUUUGAUAAAUAAAGCUGAAAAUUUUACAAAGUGAACCCCACCCCCUCGCCUAAACCAACACCCCCUCCCGGUCCCAAUGUAAAUUACUCUAAACUCUAAAUAUUUGUUUUGUGAUGUAGUGUUAGACUCAGAGCAUCUUCAAGGUUGUCCCUAAAAAAGUGCCUUUGUUCACAGACUCCAUCUUGUAAUCCUCAGUGCCCAUCUGAGAAACCCCCCCCCCCCCUUCAACCCAAUUCUAUAUUCUCUCCUUCUUCAAGCUCUUCAAAGCAGUAUAUAUAGUACUAAAGGAAAUCGGUGUGACUUAGUUUCUCUUUUUAUUGUUGAUGCUAAAAUUGAAAGAAAAAAAAAGACAAAAAAAAAGUCCUUCCUGUCUUGCUUUUCCUCUCUACUCCUUUCCUUGUCUUCUGCCUCUCUUGGACACUGGAAUAGUCUGUAGUCGCAUAACCAUCUUCUUUCCUGCCCUUCCCCAUUUUCAUUGAAUGGAGGGGUUUUUAAAAGAAAAAAAAAAAAGAAAAAACUUUUUGUCUGAGCAGAAUGCAGUUAGCUUACAUGUUAUUCUUGUCUGUAUGCUUCACAUUGUAUACCAUACCGAUCUCUUCAGCUUCUCCAUUGAACAGUUAAUGUAAGUGAACAAGUUACACCUGUGGGCUCUGGCGGGAUGUCAAUCAAAGGGUGUUUGAAGGGGGGAAAGGUUCCAACAUGGAGCAGUUAAUCAUCCUUUAGUGAAGGAAGAAACUGGUUGACGUAGGACGUCCUCUUAAAAGGUAGUGGAAGGAAUUUAGGCUGCUGGGUAAAAAUAGGUUUGUGACUUGUUUUGACUGUAUUUAUUUGUUUUUGUUGUUUUUUUACCAAAUUUUAUUUUUAACGUUUUUUUGUUUUUUGUCAAUAUUGCAUAUUUAGGUGGCACCAAUGCCACACUGAUAAUUGUUAUAGAUGAUGCACCUUUGCAGUGGUUAUACGAGACCAGCUAUUUAAACACUUGGAAAAAAAUGACCUGAAAUUACUAAGCACCUUAUUACGGAAUGGGUUCAGCAACGGGUGAGAGACAGAUUUAGAAGAAAAAAAUUUACAAAAAAAAUAAUAAAAAAUUGCACCAAAAUUUGAGGUUAAUCUGCAGUAAUGAGCCAAGCCCCUCAGACCAAACUGACAAACUGUCAAACCUGAACUCUAGUAAUAAUCAAGAAGUCUUGAAAACCAUAAAUACACCAGCGAAGGAAUAAUCUCAGGCCUACAAAUCACAGCCUGAUUUUCGUCCCACAUCAAUAUGCAAACUUUUCCUAAGUACAUGAAGCCAGCAACAGUAUCAGCAAUGAAUAAAGACACUAGAAAAAAACAAGAGAAGAAAAAGCCAUAAUGUUGUGGACAGAACUCUCCCCGGGCCUUGUCCCUUCCUGGCGCUGACCAUCCGUCUUUUAACUUUUUUUCUUUCUAUUUGCUUUUGGGGUUGUAUUUUUUUGGUAGAGUGUGUAGGGUGUUGGGAUAAGUGAUAAGCUUAGAUUAGAUCAAUUUCCCAGCAGCCAUUGUCCAAGCCCGUAGCUUCUUCACUAACCCUAAAAAGCUAUUGCCCUCUUUAGAGACAUUCCCUCCAGAGCUCAUGGUGAAAUGCAUGUGUUAAUUACAAUUUCUUUUCCAUAAUAAGAAAAACAGUUUGAAAAGAGCAGCACCUUUAACUGAUUGAAUAAAAGGAUGUUCUUGACUGUAAAAA